AUGGACCAAAGGUUGUCUGGACGCUGGAGUUGUGGAGCACACAGUGAACUUCCAGGAUUGCUUGGCCCCGAACUGAAUCAACCAGAGUUUUGCCAGCCGAUUUGCACAGCUUUACAGAUUGCCCUCGUCGAACUUCUAGCGGACUGGAACUUCCAUCCAUUUGCUGCGGUUGGUCAUUUGUCCGGAGAGGUUGCCGCUGCAUACUGUGCCGGGAUUAUCACUAAAAGCCGCGCUCUUGAGCUGGCCUUAUUCCGAGGCUUAGCUGUCUCGGCAACAUCGCGAAUAGAGCUGCUUGCAGAUCUUGCGAAUAGUCAGAACCCCGAAACACGCAACAUUGGUAUCGCGUGCUACAUCAGCCCUCAGAACCUGACCUUAUCCCGAGCCACGAAUCAAAUCGAAAGAUUGGCACUCGCGUUGGAAACAGAAGAGAUCAUGAGCAAAAGGUCGAACGUUAGCAUCGCGUACCACAAUGCAAAGUACAUGGAAUCUGCAGCAAGCUUAUAUCAGGCUCUUAUCAAGAAAUCACACUCGAGCGAACCCGGAGGGAGGGCGAAUUCAACACCCAGUUGCUACAUGUUUUCCAGUGUUCGCGAUAUUAUCUUUGCGCCAGACUCGGAUGCGUCUGAAGUUUCGAAACCAGAUUAUUGGCUUGACAAUCUUGUCUGUCCAGUACGAUUUACACAAGCCAUGCAGAAGUUAGCAUCGCUACUCGAAAAUAAGGUUGAAAUUGCCAAUACCCAUUUCAUUGAAGUCGGACCACAUUCUACACUCAAAUCAGCAAUCAAGGAGAACUUGGCCAUAAAAUUCAAGGGCUGGAGCGUGGAAAGGAUGUACAGUCAUAUGUUAUCUCGCCAGAAAUCAGCAGUAUCCACUGCGUUGACGGUCGCAGGAAGACUGUAUAGUCUUGGCCUUCCACUCGAUUUGAUUGCAGCGAAUAAUCAGCACUCGAAUAGCAAUCGGGUACUCAUCGAUCUUCCAUCAUAUCCAUUCAAUCAUUCCAAGCGAUACUGGAUGGGAAGUCGCAUCAGCAAGGACCAUCGUAAUAGCAAUCACCCCCAUCAUGAUUUCCUUGGUAAGUCAGCAUCAGAUUGGAACCCUCUGGAACCACAAUGGAACAACAAAAUCAUACUCCAAGACCAGCCAUGGAUCAGAGACUACCAGGUUUCUGGGGCUUGCGUCUACCCUGCAGCUGGAAUGCUUGCUAUGGCUAUCGAAGCUACACGACAGGUUGUAUAUGUCCCCAAUCACCAGCCGAUAUGCUAUCAGUUCAGAGAUGUGGUUUUUAGCAGAAGUGUUGUGGUCCCAGACUCAAGGCUGGGAGUUGAGGUCCAGUUCCGUCUGCGAAAGGUUGAGCAGCUGAGCAUGGACCUUGCUCCUUGCUAUGACUUCCGGCUCUACAUGCACGACCACGGGGGAUGGGCUCAAUGUUGCCGAGGCUAUAUUGCGAUUGAGCACCAUACUAGCCUUUGUGACUUCGACCUCGAUCGCAGUGCGGCGGACGAACAACUGAAACGACUGAGUGCAAGCCUCUCGCCUGCUCAACACCAGAAAUUCUUCGCACGCUUGCGUGACUCGGGGCUUAGCUAUGGUCCAAUAUUUCAAAUGGAUCGCGAGAACAUGCACGGUGUUGAGAAUGAAGGUGUCGGAAAGAUUGAUUUGCAAAGGUGGACCGACCUCAUUGAGGAGAACAACCAAUCGCCCUGCUUCAUCCACCCUGCGGCACUCGAUUGUAUCAUUCAGGUGGCUUUCCUUGGGAUCACGCGUGGGGGACAAGUUGAAAUCCCGACCAUCGUACCGACAGCGGUCAAUCAUCUGUGGAUAUCGGCAAAUAUAACACAGCAAAUGGUUGCUGUGUCCGCAAAACCUAUUCAGAGCAACGAGAGACCCCUACUCAUGGGCGAUCUAACACUCACAUCCAUUGAAAAGACUGCUACCCCGGCUGCAAAUGAGACUAAGGAAAGCAUAGUCUCCAUGUACCGUGUUGAAUGGAAGCCCGAUGUCAAUCUUCUUGGCCCUCAGUCUGGGUUGUUUGCCGCCCAGCCUUUGCAGCUAUCCCAAAGUGAAUUAGAACGGAUCAAGUUCACUGAAUAUGCCUGCUUCCUUGCGAUGUCUGAAGUUUUACACCCAGUCGAUGGUGGCGUGUCAGUUCAUUACCAGAGCCCUAAACAUCUACAGAAGUACCUGGCAUGGAUGCGACAUCAGAGCGGGCUUAUAAGCGCGUCCGUUGAUUGGAGAGAUUGGAUCUCUACACAACCAGCAGGUAGUGGGUUCCAGGAGCAGCUGUGGCAGAGAGUAUCAUCAUUCGGACCCGAGGGGAGGCUUAUUGUGAGAUUAUGUCGGCAACUCUUGCCCAUCAAUCAAGGGGAGGUUGAUGUGCUGCAGAUUCUCUUUGCCGACGAAACGUUGGCAGACUACUACAGACUCGAGAACCCUCCUCCUGAAGUUGUAAAGGGAGUCCAGCAGUAUGUUGACUGCAUGGCGCAUGCCAAUCCUAACAUGCGGGUUCUGGAAAUCGGGGCAGGUACAGGUGGUAUGACACAGUAUAUCCUGGAUGUCAUUGGCGGCCAUAAUGGCAGUGCCGUGGAGCGUUUUGCACAGUAUGUGUUCACAGACAUCUCUCCCACAAUUUUUAAGGACGCCAGAGAAAAAUUAGGCAAAGGGGAAAGGAUCGUGAGGAAGACCCUGGAUAUUGAGAAAACACCUGCAGACCAAGGCUUUGAAGUUGAGGCCUUUGAUCUCGUCAUUGCCAGCAAUAUAAGUUCGCACUCUGCAUACCGACAGCUUUUGAAGCCCAGAGGGAAACUUAUACUCGUUGAGGGUACUAGUCCUAACCUACUACGGACCUCUUUCAUCUUCGGCUGCUUGCUGGGGUGGUGGCUAUCAACCGAGUCGUAUCGCGAGUGGAGACCACUGGUCUCUGUGGACCGGUGGGAUAAGCUGCUCCAUGAUAGCCAAUUCACCGGAGCGGAUUUCCUUCUAGACGGUCCAGACAAGGCAAAUUCAUUGAGUAGUGCGGUAAUCUCAACUGCGCGCCCUCUCAUUCGGUUUAACAGCGACAUGCCAACAUCGUCAGACAUUCUCGUUGUGAGAAAAGAGAGCUCAGAUUUGCAGCAGUCCUUAGCUACCGCAAUAUGCGACUCAUUACAAGAGUCGGAACUGUCUGUCAGCAUCCAUGAUGCUUCUGAACUACACGAGGUUCUCAAUGGAGCUACCGUGGUCUUGUUGCAGACCAUUGACGAUUUCGUAUUCCAGGAGCUUGACGAGAAAGGAUACGACAGCCAAAAGCCAGGUUCACUGGAGCAGGAUGCUGUGCUUGGCCUUGCACGCUCCCUCAUGUCAGAGAUCGAGGGCCUCAAUAUCGUGACCCUAGGAUCGGAAGAUAUCGAAACUACUUCCCGCGCAGCACAGCAUAUCCGGGCAGUGUUGCAACACUAUUUCUGUGCUGACACCUCCUUACUGAGCAUAGAUGGCGAGGAGAUCUUUGAGAUCUAUGGCCGCCUUUGCUUGAGUCGACCAGGGGAUUCAAUAAUCAUCCAUGACGGGGCUAGUUCACUCAGUCAAGCCGCGAUUCAACUCGCUCAAUUCCUGGGUGCAGAGGUUUUCGUGACUUUCAAUACUAGGGAUGAGGAAGCUAUAGCGGAUAUGUACUCCAUUCCAGCUUCGCACCGAUUUCCACAACAAGGACAUAUGCUGAUGACGGGAAACAAACGCCUAACCCACGAUCGAGGCGCGGAUGUCAUGUUCACGCCAUCGAUUGCGAGAGAAUCAGAUCAAGCAGCGUGGAACUGCUUAAAAGAGUAUGGCCGAGUUAUUGAGGUAGUCGACAAGAAUGCACGUUCAUCCUUCGGAGCUAUGCCUCCCCGGCCUCAACUGUUCAAACAAAGCGUCAUGUUCGCCCGGCUGGAUAUUCCGACGCUUCUUCAGGACACAGAGAAAAUUGCAACUAUCUUGCCUGAGGUCAUGCGUCUGAUUGAGCACAAAUCAGUGGUUCCUGUACAGCCUCUCAGGGUACUCACCCUCUCUGAGCUUGAGAAAUCCGGUGGUGUGAAGGCUGUCGAGCAUUCUCGGUCAGCCAAGACAUGUAUUUCCUUCGACUUGAACAACCUUACCGCAUCCAAGCCGCAACUAUUUGACUCAACAGCGACAUACCUCAUUGCCGGGGGCUUGGGUGGUCUCGGGAGAAGCAUAGCCAAAUGGAUGAUAUCCAAUGGGGCCCGAUAUCUCGUUCUCCUUAGUCGGCAAGGUACAGAAAGUCCUGGAGCAGAUACCUUCCUUGACGAAUGUGCGACCAUGAGCGUGACAACUUUCGCGCCCAAGUGCGAUAUAAGUGAUGAAAGGGCAUUCAGUGAAGUUAUCCAGGAAGUGCAGCGGCGGAUGCCCCCCAUCAAAGGAUGCAUCCAGGCAUCUAUGGUUCUGAAGUCCGCUAUGUUCGCCAAAAUGACCCUCGACCAGUGGAACGAAGCCCUACGCUCAAAGGUGCAGGGUUCGUACAAUCUCGAUCGCCACCUACCAACCCCGCUGGACUUUUUCAUCUUCUUAUCGUCCGUGUGCGGUAUAAUUGGCGCCAGCGGUCAAUCAAACUACGCCUUUGGGUGCGCCUACCAAGAUGCACUGGCCCGGUCUAAAGUCGCGAUGAGACAGAAGGCCAUUUCCAUUGACCUCGGAAUUGUCGAAGGGGUUGGAUACACGGCCGAGCAUCAGGGCGUGGGUUCCUUCAUGCGCUCAUUGGGUUUACAGCCCAUCCCUGAAGAAUAUCUCCUUUCAAUACUAGAAUAUUACUGCGACUCCAAGCGUGAAAUAUGCCAUCCCAGCGACGCCCAACUAGUCGUUGGCAUCAUGAACCAAGACGAGAUGCAGAGAAGUGGACUUGUGCGCUCGCGAUUCUACUCACGGCCUUUGUGGAAUCAUUUGCAGCGACGCAUGAACCCAACGCUUGGCAGGAGCAAGGUUGUUGCUGCUCAACGAUCGAAUGAGAAGGGCCCCUCAUCGCUGAAACUCCCGAUAGCUGCGAGCGAUGAUACACUUUCGUCUACUGUGGCAGAUGGCGGUCCAGACGCGGUCAGUCGGGCCAUCUGCGAAAGGGUCUCGGAUGUGCUUGCUAUCAACGCUGAUGAUAUUGAUCCGGCGAAGCCGUUGCAUAUGUAUGGGGUGGACUCGUUGGUUGCGAUGGAAUUGCGGAGUUGGUUUAAGGAAGCACUGCAGAAGGAUGUGGCUGUGUUUGAUAUCUUGAGUAAUCGGCCGAUAGAAGUGUUGGCUCAGGAGGUCGUGGGGGUGGCUGCGGCUGCAUGAGGUGGGUUACAACUAUUCUAGGAGUCUGUGACAUUUUCUCUCCGGUUGCGGUGCUUCUGCCUCAUACAUGCACUCCUUUGGCUAAGGUAACCUGAGGUGAUGCGCAAGAUACCCUGUAGUGAUAGUCCGCUUAUUGCGUCAUGAUGAGCGCUGUCUUGCGUACGCCCGUCAAGUGAGCUUCUGAGAAACCUGUCUUCGGCAUGUAG